UUCAAAACCGGAAAGUAGUAAUGUGACCAUUAUUCUUGGUGGUGGUGGCAGUGCUUCCCUGGAUGAACACAUUCACAAGAAGCUCUACUGCUACGAAAUAAUAAUAAUAAUUGAAGCAACUUUGUCUUUCGUUUUUGCAUUAAUUUACAAUUUUUGUUAUAAAAUAUUCAUAAAAUGUUGAAGAUAACAAUUUCUUAUACGCUAAGGAUAGCGACGCACUUUUCAAGUUCGGUGUACAUAUGCAUUCAGUAAGUUUAAGACUCACGCCUAAGCAAAUGAAAAAUUGAAAAUGUUAAUAGAAAUUCCCGAAUUCAGAAGAGCCUGCUUCUGUCUGCCACUACGAUAUGGUAUUAUCCUUCUUGGAUACUUAAAUCUGAGUUUCGCAAUAUUCUACAUUAGCCUUGAAGGACGCUUUUACUACCACUCGGAAUCGUCUCCAAUAUCGCUGGAGGUGGGGUUACAUCGGGGCGUACCGAUAACUGCCCCUUUGUGGUUUCUUUUUCUGUUGUAUUCGGCUGAUAUCGUCUUCAGUGUGGUGCUUUUGAUUGGUGCUCAUAAGAAAAUACACACCUUACUGAAUGUGUUUUACUACUACAACUUAAGCACAAGUCUAGCCGCGUUUGUCUGCCUGUUUGUGGUGUGGUCUUCUUGCCACCAAUGUGGCAAUUUCUUAGACAAGCACGGCCUUAUACAUUUAGCCUUCAUCUUUUCUAGUUUUGCUGUCAAUAUCUAUCUGUUAUUGCUGAUACGCAGCGAAGUGAAGAAACUACGUAAUUGCAACUCAUAUACUAUCGUCAACCACACGAGCGAGGUGGUUAUUGAACAACCGAUGGGAGAAGGACGAAAUCCCCUGUAGAUUUAUUAAU